UGUCAACCCAAUAAGGUUCGGAGAAAGAAAACGUUUUUCUUUACUUUUUAGUUCGAAAACAAAAAAAAAACUUAUUAUGCUCCAAAUAAUUUAUUUAUUUGGAAAAACUCUCAACACACAAAAUAUUCAUUAUAUUUCUGGCUGAAAUGAAUUUAUAGAUGGAGAAAGUUCAGUUACAUUUCGGCAACAUUGCUUAAAUUUUGACAGAUAAAUAAUAUCUUAUGGAUAUUUGAAAAUUAUAUUAUUGCAUAUGAAGAAAAACUAUAUUAUUAAUUAAGUUUCCUUCGGAUUGAAGGAUAUAUAGUCAUUAUGGCCAAGAGUGAAAAAAUUUUUCAAAUAGGUGAUAGAAUUGAAUGCUCCGAUUCCAUAGGUACAGUGAAGUAUAUAGGAAAUAUAGAAGGUUAUUCAUCUAUUUGGUUGGGAAUUGACUGGGAUGAUCCCAAUAGAGGAAAGCAUAAUGGAAAUUUUAAUGGAAAACAAUACUUCGAAGCUAGUUUUCAGAGUUCAGGAACAUUUGUUAGACCAGAAAAAGUGGAAUUUGGGCAGUCAAUAAUUACAUCAAUUAUAGAAAGAUAUGGAAAGAAACAUAAUGACUCUAUGCCUUUAGAAAUCCAACAAGAAUUGUUUAAUUUUCAACAAAGUAUUAAUGCCCCAUUUUUAGAAAUGGUAGGUUUUGAGAAAGUUCUUGACAAACAGAGCGAUUUUUAUUCCCUUCAAGUGGUGGAUUUGAGAAACCAAAAAAUCAGUUCACCUGGCGAAAGUAAUCAGUUGGAACAAUUAUCUCCCAACAUCAAGGAAUUGAAUUUAAGUUUAAACUUAAUUUCUUCCUGGAAAACAGUCUUUCAGAUAUGUGCUCAAUUGAAUCAACUGUCUUGGUUGAAUGUGAGUGAAAAUUUACUCAUCAUACCAGAAGAAAUUGAGGAUUAUAAUGUACCCACUGUAGAAACUCUGAUAUGUACUACAAUGCGUUUAACAUGGCAAGAUAUCUUGAAAGUAACAUUAGCAUUUCCAAAUAUAGAGGAAUUAAGAGUGCCAAUGAAUAAUAUUACAAAUCUGGAUACAUCUCCAGAAGUACUGAGAAACUUGAAAGUAUUAGAUAUUGAGGAUAAUGAAAUAGGAGAAUGGUCGGAAAUAUGCAAAUUGAGUGUAUUGGAAAAUUUGGAACAACUAUUAAUUGGUAAUGUCGGUCUUAAGAGAAUUGAUUUUGUGGGUGACGAACCUAAAGUAAACACCUUCUCAAAAUUGAAGAAACUAGUCAUCAGUAACAAUCUCAUCGAUAAUUGGGAUUCGAUAAGCGAAUUGAAUAGAAUGAAAAAUUUAGAAGAGUUGAGAUUUAUAAAAAAUCCCAUUUUGGAAAGUGAAAGUUUAGCGAAUAGCUUUGAAAUUAUUGUUGCUAGAAUAGGGAAUUUGAAGGUUUUGAAUGGUACAGAAUUGAAAUCUUACAUGAGAAAGGAAGCUGAAUAUGACUAUAUGAAAAUAUAUGGUUUAGAAUGGUUGAGAGUGAAGAAUACUAAAGUCAGAGAAUCAUUCCUGAAAUUACAUAAUAGAUUUCUAGAACUCAUCAAUAUGUAUGGAGAACCUGUGGAAGGAGAGCUGGUUGUCAAAUCCCAAUCGAUAACAAAUACUCUCAUUGAAUUGAAAUUCGAAUAUAACGGACAGAUAGUUAUAAAGAAAUUACCUAAGACCAUUUUAGUCCAAAAGUUAGUUAUGCUAGCACAAAAGGCAUUCAAGUUGAAUUACAGACCAAACUUGAUUCAUAUGAGAGGGGAGGAGUCUAAUUUGCAAAUCAACUUGGAAGAACAAAGAGAAAUAAGUUUUUAUUCAAUGCAAGAUGGAGAUAGAAUUCUUAUAAGUCAUGAGUGAUUUUUUUCCACUUAUAACUUCAGUAACAAUAGAUUCUAUUAAUUUUUUUUACUGAAAAUAACUUUUAACUGAUUAUUAUUAUAAUUUACUAUUUCUUGAUGAUAAUGAAUUAAUUAAAGCAACCAGA